UAAAAAACUUUCUGCUGGGAUUAUGAAUCCAGAGGCCCCUGCCCUUUCAAGUAGAGAAGAAAACCGUUCUUGCAAACAGACCCUGCAAAUCUGGGUUUUCCGUUUGCUCAAAAUCAAGGGCUUAAUUGCGGAGCUCUACUACGCUGAAGCUGAUUGUAUGUUCUUUUGAUAAGGAUGAGUCGAUCCCAGGACGCUAUGGCCCUUAAGCGGAAACGACAAGAACCAAAUGCACAACAAACUAAGACACCUGAGAGUGUACUAUUAAGUCUUAUCAAAAGUAAAGGAGAUAUGGGAAUCUGGAAAGCAGACAUGAAACGAGAGACAAAUCUUCCUGAACCCGUGGUCAACAAAGCCCUCAAGAUACUCCAAGGCAGAAAUUUGAUAAAAGAGGUCGUUAAUGUCAAAAGCAAGGGGAGAAAACAUUACAUGGCUACUGAGUUCCAGCCCUCAAAGGAAGUCACCGGUGGUUCAUGGUAUGCGGAUGGUGUUCUUGAUGUAGAAUACAUUCGUGUUCUGAGAGAGUCAUGCUUAAGAAUCGUAAAGAAGUUGAAGGUUGCUACGACAGAAGGAAUAUCCGAGUUUAUCACUAGGAAUAAAAUCACCAAGGCUGAUUGCACAAGACAGCAAAUUGAAGAGAUACUGAGUUCUAUGGUUUUAGACAAUGAGAUUAUUGAGGUUAAGAGCACUGGAUUAGGGGAAUAUCAUAGAAUUCCUAUUGGAACUGACUGUUAUAGAGCUGCAAGCGGGAUAGGGCUGGCAAAAAUUGGCGCUAUGGCUUCAAUUCCAUGUGGCGUUUGUCCCCGGAUAAAUCAGUGCACACCCGAUGGCAUUAUCUCUCCGAAGACUUGUAUCUACUAUGAAAAUUGGUUGGAUAAGUUGGAUUUUUGAGUGUUUUUACUUUGUUUUGUUCGAAUGAUGAGCUUUAGUUCAGAUUUCCAACACAUAUGGGAAUUUUUCUUUUAAAAUUGUUUAUUUACGGUUUUUGUUUUUUA